CGGUCAUCGCUCAUUCUUAUCAGACACGUAUAAGUCACUUCCAAUCUCUCGCUUUCAUUUUCGCUGCACGAUUUGUUCUUUUCCCGUCCUUACAGCUCCUAGUUUUCAAUGGCUGCGAAGAAAAAGAAAAAAGCAGCCUCAAAUCCUGCCAGAGGCUUCGCAACAACGUCAAUAGCUAGCAAGAUAAAAGCUGAUGGCAACACAGAAUCAUCCAAUAUCUCCGAAGCUGGAGACGCGCAGCCCGCGGCUCCAACAGAGGCUAUUGAGAAACAUGACCCUGCUGUUGUGAAAGGCCACGAGAAGGAUCUUGCGGAGCUGACCCCAGAGGAGCUUGAGAUACAGCUUGAAUACAGCGAAUUUCAACUUCUUGUAGAGAAGCUCUCCCCAAAAGCCGUCCGGGACACAGCCAGGACACUUUCGCGCAUCAAAACAGAGCGACGUGUUCUUCUAUCCAAUAGCCAGAUUCUUUCGACCAAAGACUGGCUCGAGGAUGAAGAUGUGGAUCAUCUAAUGAACUUGAAAUUUGUUCCAAGCGUAGAACCAAAUCCUUCGCCGACUGUACCAAGGUCUAUCUUCAAGACUGCUGCAACUGAGGAUCUGCUGUUGAAGCUUUGGACCCUCCAACAGAUCCUCCUUGGUCUAUACUUUCCUUCGAGUAGAGUAACCGAGGCACUGCUUUGGAUCUGUCAGACAGCACCUUGUGUAAUUCCUGAGGGUCUGCCUUGGGGUGUGCAAGAAUGUCUCGACUGGCUGACUGUUAAUUGUACCACUGAGGAGCUUCGUGAUUUUGAAUUUAUGCAGAGACACAACAGUCGCGCAAAUACUACCUUAACCUCUCCUGAUAAAACGUUACGAUCUGGAUCAAGCAUCAGAUCUAAUCUGUCGCAUAAAGCUGCCGUAGUAGAACCCCCUUCACAACAUGCUCCUGUGGUGGACAUUGCACCAUUUGAACCGGACGACAAUGUCUCUGACCUUGAUAGCGAUAUGGAACCCGAUGACAUGAUCUCAGCAUAUCUGAAGGUAAAAUCAAAACUCUUUGAGGCCGCUCCUGCCAGCUUUGCUCGUAAAGGACGUGGACCGCAGGACAAGAAGGAGGUGAACAUUAACUCCAGUCUUCGUAUGCGUAAGUUGAACCGCCAGCUUGAGCAACUAGAGAAGGACGUAUUGUUCGAUCAGAGUUUGGCCGACGAGAGAUGGCAUGCCCAAAAAGUCAAACUUGCGCAAGAAAACGCGGCGAAAAAACGACUAGGAAUUGAUAGUUCCAAUAGCAGGAAGCGCGAUUCUAAUAACCUGUCCAAGAUGAUAAAUCCCGCCAUGAAGAUGACAUUGGAUUCUGACAAAGUUAAUGGUGGUUCCGAUGUGGAUGGAGACGAAGAUUUACUUGGUGCCAUGUUUACAGAGCCCGAGAAUGGGGGACAUCAAGCGACCACCAAUAUAGCCACGGGCGACACGAGUAUAAAAAUACGUCACUUUGCGGAAGCUAAAGGUCUCAGCCCAAGACGCAUCGUAGAAGAGACUCUAAAAGCAAUGCUUGUUGGCGCAAAGGCAACGUGGAAACAUAUCUCUCCUACAACGUAUUCCAGUCGGCACUCUGUUUCAAUACACUUUUCGAAUCCCCCAGAAGCUGAAAGACUGCCGUCAAUACCUGGACUCGACAUAUUUUGGAUCAAAUCCAGAACGCUGCGAUUGGACAUGGUCGAUAUCGCCACAGAUUCCGAAAAGCAGAGCGAGUCUUUCGUCGCUACGACAGCGCUCUUUGUAGUGUGCAACUAUUUACCAGGUGAUGAUAAAGCUUAUCUACGUCUGCCAUCGGUCUGGCGAGACCUUUACAAAGAAUUUGCCGAAGCGAAGAAAGAGCAAACUGAUGCUGAGGCACGGAAAACUUUGAAAGAACUUCGGAUUCUGAUCGAUGAACAGAGAGACUACGAUGAAGAUGAAGACGUAGUGCUAACACAUAACUUUCUCAAGCGCGCUAAAGAACGUGAGCAGCAGACAUCUGACUCUGAUUCUGAGCGAGGAGAGUAUCGGCCUACAAAAGACCCUGAGAAAGUGAAAGCAUUAUGGCAGAACAAGAUCUCGACAUCUACAUAUCAGCGGAUGCUUCUUGGAAGAAUGCAGCUGCCCAUGUACCAGUUCAAGCAUGCUGCUUUAUCGGCUAUCGAAAAUCACCAAGUCAUAAUCCUUUGCGGAGAGACCGGGUGUGGUAAAAGCACACAGCUACCGGCCUACAUACUGGAGCACCAGCUGUCGAACGGCCGGCCCUGUAAGAUAUAUUGUACAGAGCCGCGUCGAAUAUCGGCCAUUUCCCUGGCUCAACGCGUAUCUGAAGAACUGGGUGAGCCAAAGAAUGCGGCUGGGACACACUCGUCUCUCGUGGGCUAUGCUAUCAGGCUAGAGUCGCACAUUAGCACUGAGACUCGACUUGUCUAUGCUACAGUCGGAAUUGUACUGCGUAUGCUCGAAUCUCCUCGUGGAUUGAACGACAUAACGCACUUGGUCAUUGACGAAGUCCACGAGCGUAGCAUCGAUACAGACUUCCUGCUCAUUGUGCUUCGUGGCCUAAUGGAACGACGCCCUGAUUUGAGAGUAAUCCUUAUGAGUGCUACAGUUGAUGCGCAGACAUUCUCACGAUAUCUAGGGGACGCUCCUAUCCUCAAUGUGCCCGGGCGAACGUUUCCUGUCAACACUCGAUACUUAGAAGAUGCUAUCGAGUUUACUCAUUACAAGAAAAAGAAUGACGACGCAGGUAGGGAGGGAUCUUCGAGCGACGAUGAUGAUCCCGGCACAGAAUCAAUGUCCGGCAUACCGAAGAACCUCCAAGGCUAUAGCAUCGCAACGCGGAAUUCUCUUCAAGAAUAUGACGAAUACCGUGUGGACUACAAUCUCAUCAUGAACCUAAUCACGAAGAUCACGAAUGAUGCGUCUACAACCCAUUUCAGCAAAGCUUUCCUGGUCUUUCUGCCCGGUAUCGCAGAAAUACGCACAUUAAAUGACGUAAUUCUCAACAACUCUGCUUUCAACGAAGACUGGUGGAUUCUCCCUCUACAUUCCACCAUUGCUAGCGAGGAUCAACAGAAAGCUUUCCUGUUCCCCCCUCCCGGUGUUCGCAAAAUAGUGCUCGCGACCAACAUUGCUGAAACUGGUGUUACGAUUCCUGAUGUUACCUGCGUCAUCGAUACUGGCAAGCACAAGGAAAUGCGAUUCGACGAGCGCCGCCAGCUCUCUCGUCUUGUACAGUCUUUCAUCUCCCGUGCAAACGCAAAGCAGCGGCGCGGCCGUGCAGGUCGUGUUCAAGAGGGUCUCUGCUUUCACCUCUUUACAAAGUACCGCCACGAUGAACUGAUGGCACUUCAACAGACUCCUGAAAUGCUGCGUCUGAGUUUGCAGGAUCUCGUUAUGCGCACCAAGAUAUGUAAACUUGGUGCCAUCGAAGCAACACUCUCAGCCGCCCUUGACCCUCCAUCGACCAAGAAUAUCCGAAGAGCGAUUGAUGCUCUCGUGGAAGUCAAUGCACUGACGCCGAAAGAAGAUCUCACCCCUCUUGGUAUACAACUUGCGAAACUUCCGCUGGACGCUCACCUAGGGAAGCUUGUAUUAUACGCAUGUAUAUUCCGCUGUGCCGAUGCCGGUAUUACUAUUGCAGCAAUACUGAGUUCAAAAAGUCCGUUCGUGAUACCGUUUGGCGCACGUGAGAAAGCAAAUGCGGCCAGAGUCUCCUUUAACCAAGGCGACUCCGAUCUUUUGACCGAGUAUGCGGCCUAUCGUGCCUGGAAAACUGUCUGUCUUCAACCCGGCGCGCGAGAAGUCGAAUUUUGUCGAAGGAACUGUCUUUCUGCACAGACCUUUUCUGCAAUCGAAGAACUAAAAGCGCAGCUUUUCAGCUCGCUCGUCGACGCUGGAUUCAUUUCGCUAUCAGCUGAGGAGAAGAUCGGGCUCAAUCGCGCACGCAACUCGCGGGCUGGAUUCGGCCGCAGCAGAGCAUUCGUUCCAGUGCCUUCUGCCUCUGACACACAUUCAACCUGCGACGCGCUUGUUCUGAGUAUGCUUGCAGUUGCGUUCCAUCCGCAUAUACUCACACGUGCGGCAACUGCAGCAGGUGGUGGGGGCAGUGGAAAGGGGUAUACAUCCAUCUCCUCGCCCUCGCCGAUUUCUCUCAAUCCAACAUCCGUCCUACGUUUAUCACCACCUCGAAGUCCGUAUGCGUUAUUGUCAUAUCAUAGUAUUUUAAGCACGUCAAGCUCAAAUGCACCAGCUGCACAUGGUCUGAGCCCGGUUCCCAUAUUACCUUUCCUGCUCUUGGCAGGCGAUGCGGAUUUCAAAGUGUGGGCGAAGGGUGUGGUGUUCGAUGGCAAUAGAUUGAGGUAUCGGGUAGAGAGUAGCAGGAUGUGUGUUGGGUUGAAGAGGGCCAGGAAGGGUGUUAGAAAUAUUGUUGAGGGGAGAAUGAAGAACAGCGGAAAGGGAUCCGGGAGCAAAGCAGAGAGGGACUGGAUCGAAUGGUUCUUGAAGAUGUUUGGGGAGUAUAAGGGGGAUGGGAAGUGGGGCAAGAAGGUUUAGUGUUGGGUUGUAUGGGGGCACUGGAAAAGAGCCAUGGGUGUCCAAAUGUUGACUUUCCCGAAUGAGAAUGAAACUUGAUGUGAUGACAUGUUAAAAGGGAGUAUACGAAAAUGCAUGAUAAAUUGGGGCCUAGAUCAGCUCUAAUAUAGAAUACACACGAUCUACAAUCC